GAGAGCUGUGAUUGGUCACAGCUUGUCACAUGGUACAAGGCUGUUUUGAAUAGCCUUGUACCAUGUGACCUCUGUGAUCAUUCACAGAUUUCACACGUAGUAAGCAAUGAUGUCAGAAGUGACAUCUUGCUUACUACUAUUCAUGUGAUCACUGAUUGGCCAAUCAGUGAUCACAUGAUCGGGACCUCACACAGAGGUCCCGUCCCGUAUGGCGAUUGGUGUUCCUCUGGACACAGCGGGCCCCGUUUCGCGGUGCCGUGUGCUCCCAGGGAGCACGCACAGGCAGUGAUUGCGGAGGUCGUUUAU